UUAAAUACCUAGUUAUUUAAUGGAACUGAGAUAACUUCUCCUUUGGUCAUGACAAGUGACCUAAAAGAUAUAAAAGCUCUAUGUAAUUUAUCUGAUACGUCAGCACACGCUGUAACUAACGCAAGUGAACUUGUCUCUUUACCAACACAGACAACUACCAUUUCAUCCGUGUUGGUGACGUCUACUGCUGUUGACAAAUCUAUCUACUCAGUUGAUGAAGCAAUUAUAUUGACUUGUGUGACUACCCCUGGUCCAAAUUUUGUGGACAUCUCAACUAAAUCAAUCACUUACCAAUGGCUGAGUAACGCCAUUGUUGUGCAAAACUCAUCGUCAGCUACGUACAAUUUUCCGAAGGCUGCAGGAAACUACAUAAUCAGUUGUAAUGCCACUUACGGUGAUGCAACUACAGCAUCAAGUAAUUCAAUAAAUAUAACACGCAGUAGUACUUACCUAACUAAGCCUACUAUCCUAGCGAACCCUACAAAUCCGGUUUUGGGAAGUCUGUUGACAUUGGCCUGCGUUAGCAAUUAUACAGAUGUUACUUAUAGCUGGAAGAUGGGUACAGAGUACAUUGCCCAACAAUUUGACCACACCAUACAGCUGGACAGCUUAACAGCCAGUGAUGCUGGAGCCUACGUGUGCAUCGUCAAGAGAAGCGCGGUCACCAUGACCUCUGAAGUUUUCACCAUCUCGAAUGGUCACGUGCUUACAAUAUGCUCAGCACUCGUCUAUGGACUGUUGUUUAUGAUCUCACGACAUUUGGUUUAAAUUUACCAUGACAACCUCGGCCAUCACAAGCAAAAUAGUUUUUGAUGUUUAAUUAGUAUUUUAGCGUAAUCAAAUAUUAGAAAUUACACUGCAAUAAGAUUUAAACUAUCUUAUGAACCGAAACAAUUACAUAAGAAUACCUAAAGAUAUUUGUCGCAGAAUUUUUCAAAUGAAAAUAUAUUUUCAAAUACAUUUCAAUUACUUUUAAUGGGUAAUUUAUAUUGGGGAUUUUCACCAUAGAUUUUAAACAAUGUAAACUGGUCUAUGUUUGUUUUUAGAUUUUGAAAAUCCAGUUGACAUUCUUGUAAGUGUUAGAAUGCAGUAGAGAAGAUCUGAGGAUGGAGGCGGUAUAAGAAUAAACAAAGCCAGAAUAUAACACAAGCAAAAUACAAAAAAAAUACUUUGAAAAAAACAACAAAGCGUAUAUUAAGUGUAUCAAUUGGUUUGGAUCAGUCUUGUAAAUAAAUUUGUAAUUAGCCUCAGACGAAAAACAACACUUCUGUCAAGUACUAUUUCUUUC